CGCUACACCCUCCUUCGUGCCUCCGCCGGCAGCAGCGUUGAAAGAGAGCCCAAGCUCCCACACCUGGCACUGAAAUCCGCCGUCGGAUCUUCUUGGAGUUCCCAGGCAGUUUGUUAUACGCUGUACUACGCCAUAGGACGUGAAACUUGCCAAAGGGGCAGAACAAAAGCCCGUCAAGGAGGAGCUUCUGUUUCUGUGUUUUAGCUGUGCGAUCGAUCGUCUUGUGUGCUUCUUUUUUUGUGCGCGUGAUGCGGUCGACGCUCGCUUGUGUGGCUGCCGGCCGGAGGACACCGGUGCUGGCCGCGUUGUGCCUACUUGCUGUGAGCUGUGCAUUCCCGGUGGCGGCCGCUCUAGACGGAGGCGACAAAGCGGCGCAAAUUCGUCACAAAUUCGGAAGGAGGGACAUAAUCCACGAUAUCGAGCACCUCAAAGAAGAUCUCAAGACAAUCACAGAUCUGCAAAUCGAGGGCAAGCUGACGGAAGACGAGACGAUGUUUUAUUUCAUGCGCAUGCACGAUUUCGAUGACAACAACAAGCUUGACGGCUGGGAGCUGCUGACCGCGAUGAAACACAUGGUGGCACACAACGUUAAAAAGACCGAAGAGGAUCCCACCAUCAACGAGACAAUAGAGGCCGUGGACACGCUGAUGCACUUUGACAAGAACAACGACGGAUUCCUGGAGUACGCGGAGCUUCGGACUUCGUCCGACGACGAGCCAUAGAAGGCACCAACAUCUUGACGACGAGGAAGCUACGGUGUCAUCAUCAUUCCACCAUGUUGUGAUUUACAGUAUUUAAGAAUGGUGUGGUCACGGCAUACAGUUUGUGCGAGCGUUGUCAUGACGAAACGCGUCUUCAUUGAACGUAGCUGGUAACGUCCACCGAUUGCUUAGAAGACCCCACCUGGUUUAUAGUCGAAAAGUUUACUGGGUAGCUUUGACGGCGUUAACACAUCCCCCUCUUGUUGAGAGGAAGCUGUUGUUUUAUAUCUGUGUAAAAGGAUCAGCGUAUGAAGCAAUGGGAUGGAUGGGCGGGCUAGGUCGUAUUGCAUUCUUAGUAAAGAACCUUCAGAGCGCACGAAAAACGACAGGUUAAGCAAGUAUCGCGCACUAUGGUCACUCGUAUCGUCUGAUUCCUAUUUCGUGUGUCGACCUCCCUGGCUCGACGAUCUUUUCUAAAAUUAGAGCUCUAACUCGUCGGCUCCCAAUACAGUUGUUUCUUCACUGAGAAACAAUUAUCUUAGCAGUUUUAAUUAUCAUUCAUGUAAUCGGAAGCCUUGUACCAACCAGCGUCUUCCCCUCCAACGCAUGAUAGGCGCACGUUUCUAUUACUUUUUUCUGUUUAUUUUUAAGAACUCCCGUGGACAUGUUGUCGAUACAAUACCUAUAUUCCACUAUCACCCCUUCAUGCAUUAAAGUUUCUAUCAUUUUUUUAGUGUGCGACUACGAUCUUGCCGUUUCGCAGCGGAAGC